AUGUGUUUUAUUUGCAGGGAUAUUAAACCAGACAACAUUUUGAUGGAUAUGAAUGGACAUAUUCGAUUAGCAGAUUUUGGUUCUUGUCUGAAACUUAUGGAAGAUGGAACGGUCCAAUCUUCAGUGGCAGUUGGAACACCAGACUACAUCUCUCCAGAAAUCUUGCAGGCCAUGGAAGAUGGAAAAGGGAAGUAUGGGCCCGAGUGUGACUGGUGGUCCCUAGGCGUUUGCAUGUAUGAAAUGCUUUAUGGAGAAACACCCUUUUAUGCUGAGUCCUUGGUGGAGACCUAUGGGAAAAUAAUGAACCACAAAGAGAGAUUUCAGUUUCCUGCUCAAGUGACAGAUGUCUCUGAAAGUGCAAAGGACCUCAUCCGAAGGCUCAUUUGUAGCAGAGAGCAUCGACUUGGACAAAAUGGAAUAGAAGACUUUAAGAACCAUCCAUUUUUUGCUGGGAUUGACUGGGACAACAUCAGAAACUGUGAGGCACCUUAUAUCCCGGAAGUCAGCAGUCCCACUGAUACGUCAAACUUUGAUGUGGAUGAUGAUUGCUUAAAAAAUUCUGAAACAAUGCCUCCACCAUCACACACUGCAUUUUCUGGCCAUCAUUUACCGUUUGUGGGUUUCACAUAUACAAGUAGCUGUGUGCUUUCAGACCGCAGCUGUCUAAGACUGACAGCUGGACCACCCUCCAUGGAUCUUGAUGCCAGCAUUCAAAGAACUUUGGAGGAUAGUUUAGCAACAGAAGCUUAUGAGAGGAGAAUAAGACGCCUAGAACAGGAAAAGCUUGAACUUAGUAGAAAACUGCAAGAGUCCACCCAGACAGUCCAGGCUCUGCAGUAUUCAACGGUGGAUGGCCCAAUAACAGCAAGCAAAGAUUUAGAAAUUAAAAGUUUGAAAGAAGAAAUUGAAAAGUUGAAGAAACAGGUAACAGAUUCUGGUCAGCUAGAACAGCAACUUGAGGAGGCCAGCACUGCAAGGCGAGAGUUGGAUGAUGCUUCCAGACAAAUAAAGGCUUUUGAGAAACAAGUCAGAACACUGAAGCAAGAGAGGGAAGAUCUUAAUAAGGAACUGGCAGAGUCUAGUGACAGAUUAAAAUCCCAAGCCAAAGAGCUGAAAGAUGCACACAGCCAGCGGAAAUUGGCAAUGCAGGAGUUCUCAGAGAUGAACGAGCGGCUGACAGACUUGCACUCUCAAAAACAAAAGCUUGCCCGCCAGCUCCGAGAUAAGGAGGAAGAAAUGGAAGUGGUGAUGCAGAAAGUAGAAAGUUUAAGGCAAGAGUUACGCAGAACAGAGAGACUUAAAAAAGAACUGGAAGUCCAAGCUGAAGCUGCAGCUGCUGAGGCAUCCAAAGACAGGAAAUUGCGAGAGAGGAGUGAACAGUACUCUAAACAGUUGGAAAGCGAAGUAGAAGGGCUAAAGCAAAAACAGAUCGGUCGCUCACCUGGGGUAAGCAGUAUAGAACACCAGCAAGAGAUCACUAAAUUAAAGGCAGACCUGGAAAAGAAAAGUGUUUUCUAUGAAGAGGAACUAUCUAAACGUGAAAUAAUGCAUGCUAAUGAAAUAAAAAGCCUGAAGAAAGAACUACGGGAUGCAGAGAGCCAGCAGCUUGCCCUCAAGAAGGAGAUCAUGAUUUUGAAAGACAAGUUAGAGAAAACCAGAAGAGAAAACCAAAGUGAAAGGGAGGAAUUUGAAACAGAGUUCAAACAGAAAUAUGAACGAGAAAAGAUUCUGCUAACAGAGGAAAACAAAAAACUUUCAAACGAACUUGAUAAGCUCACCACCAUGUUUGAGAGACUGAGUAUGAAUAACCGGCAGCUGGAAGAAGAAAUGAGAGACCUGGCUGAUAAAAAGGAGUCUGUGGCGCACUGGGAGGCCCAAAUUACUGAGAUCAUCCAAUGGGUAAGUGAUGAAAAAGAUGCUCGAGGUUAUCUUCAAGCCUUGGCCUCUAAAAUGACAGAAGAACUAGAGGCCCUGAGGAACUCCAGUUUGGGUGCAAGAGCUACAGACAUGCCCUGGAAGAUGCGCCGCUUUGCAAAACUGGAUAUGUCUGCAAGGUUGGAACUACAGUCUGCUCUUGAUGCUGAAAUCCGAGCCAAACAGGCUAUUCAAGAUGAGUUGAAUAAAGUCAAAGCUUCCUGUAUCUCUACAGAGUGUAAAUUGCAAGAAUCUGAGAAGAAGAACAUGGAACUGCUGGCAGAUAUUGAAAGGCUGAAAAAGGAGACGGAAGAGCUCAGAUCAGAAAAGGGUGUAAAGCACCAAGACUCACAGAAUUCUUUCUUGGCAUUUUUGAAUGCGCCUACCUCUGCUCUGGAUCAAUUUGAAAUUGACUCAGUUGAGAAUUUUACAUUGUCUAAUACACCAUCACGGGAUGAAGAUAGCAAGUCUCACCUCCAUUCAAGAUCAAGGUCUCCUUCUACAGCUAGUGAGAUUGAACCAAUUGAGGUUACGGAUCAUCCUCCCCGUUCAGUUCACACACCAACCAUGAGGACAGCAUAUAUUGGAUCGGGACUCUCUGCACCAAAGCCUAAAGCCCACCAGUUUGUAGUGAAAUCAUUUAAUACACCAACAAAAUGCAAUCAAUGCACAUCUCUGAUGGUCGGUUUAAUACGACAGGGCUGUACUUGUGAAGUAUGUGGAUUCUCUUGCCACGUGACGUGUGCAGACAAGGCUCCUGCAGUAUGUCCAAUCCCUCCUGAGCAGACUAAGGGACCUUUGGGAAUAGAUCCACAGAAAGGCAUAGGAACAGCUUAUGAAGGACAUGUCCGAAUACCAAAACCAGCUGGAGUAAAGAAAGGUUGGCAGAGAGCGCUGGCAGUGAUCUGUGAUUUUAAACUCUUCCUAUAUGAUGUGGCAGAAGGAAAAGCAUCCCAACCCAGCGUGAUAGUGAGUCAGGUCAUAGACAUGAGGGAUGAAGAAUUCUCAGUGAGUUCUGUCUUGGCCUCAGAUGUCAUCCAUGCAAAUCGAAAAGAUAUCCCCUGUAUCUUUAGGGUCACAGCCUCCCAGCUCUCUGCAUCCAGUAAUAAGUGUUCAAUCCUGAUUCUGGCAGACGGUGAGAAUGAAAAAAGCAAGUGGGUAGGAGUGCUGAACGAAUUGCAUAGGAUCUUGAAGAAGAACAAACUCAAAGACCGCUCAGUCUAUGUUCCCAAAGAAGCUUAUGACAGCACCUUACCCCUCAUCAAAACAACACAGUCAGCAGCAAUCAUAGACCAUGAAAGAAUAGCUCUGGGGAAUGAAGAAGGGUUAUUUGUUGUGCAUGUCACCAAAGACGAGAUUAUCCGUGUUGGUGACAAUAAGAAGGUUCAUCAGAUUGAGCUUAUUCCAAAUGAACAGCUCAUUGCAGUAAUCUCAGGACGAAACCGUCAUGUGCGGCUUUUCCCUAUGGCUGCCCUGGAUGGAAGGGAGACUGAGUUUUAUAAGCUGGCAGAGACGAAAGGCUGUCAGUCAAUAGUUUCUGGACAUGUGCGCCACGGAGCUCUUACGUGCCUGUGUGUAGCUAUGAAAAGGCAGGUCCUCUGUUAUGAACUAAAUCAGAGUAAGACACGUCACAAAAAGAUCAAGGAGAUCCAAGUCCAGGGGAACGUCCAGUGGAUGUCAGUCUUCAGUGACCGUCUUUGUGUGGGCUACCAGUCAGGUUUCUUAAAAUAUCCCCUUCACGGAGAAGGCAGCCCAUACAGUCUGCUCCAUCCAGAUGACCACACGCUAUCAUUUAUCUCACAGCAGCCAACGGAUGCCAUCUGUGCAGUCGAAAUCUCGAAUAAAGAAUACCUGCUGUGUUUUAGCAGCGUAGGGGUUUAUGUUGACUGCCAGGGCCGAAGAUCUAGACAACAAGAAUUGAUGUGGCCUGCAACUCCAUCUUCUUGCUGUUACAAUGCACCAUACCUCUCUGUGUACAGUGAAAAUGCAAUUGAUAUCUUUGACGUGAACUCCAUGGAGUGGAUUCAGACUAUUCCUCUGAAAAAGGUACGACCCUUGAAUACAGAAGGAUCACUAAACCUUUUAGGCCUGGAGACAGUUAGAUUAAUAUAUUUCAAAAACAAAAUGGCAGAGGGCGAUGAACUGGUAGUUCCUGAGACUUCAGAUAACAGCCGGAAGCAAAUGGUUCGAAACAUCAACAACAAGCGCCGCUAUUCAUUCAGAGUACCUGAGGAGGAGAGGAUGCAGCAGAGGAGGGAGAUGCUACGCGAUCCAGAAAUGAGAAAUAAAUUAAUUUCUAACCCAACUAAUUUUAACCACAUAGCACAUAUGGGUCCAGGAGAUGGUAUACAGAUUCUCAAAGACCUUCCAAUGAAUCUUCGGCCUCAGGAAAGUCGGACCGUAUUCAGUGGCUCUGUCAGUAUCCCAUCGAUCACGAAAUCCCGCACAGAACCAGGACGAUCGAUGAGCGCAAGCAGUGGGUUAGCAGCACGAUCGUCUGCACAAAACGGCAGUGCUUUGCGGAGGGAAUUCUCAGGAGGUAGCUAUGGAGCAAAGCGUCAACCUAUGGCAUCGCCCUCAGAUGGCUCUUUAUCCUCUGGUGGCCUGGACCAAGGCAGCGAUGCACCAACAAGGGACUAUGAGCGAGAGGACUCUGACUCUCCGAGACACUCUACUGCAUCGAACAGCUCCAACCUCAGCAGCCCUCCCAGCCCGGUUUCUCCUCACAAGACCAAGAGCCUCUCCCUGGAGAGCUCUGACCACGUGAGUUGGGACUCAUGAACUGCUUCAGCAUUCAGAUUUGACAUCACAGCAGCUUGCUGUCCCCAUGGCUGUCCCCUUCACUUGUUCCAGUUCACACCUUCAUCAUCCUAACCCUCCCCAUUCCCUGCCUGAAAGUGAUCUGGGAGUGGGGUGCAAAGGAAGGUAAAAGCUGGUCGUCUUCAGCACCGUUCAACACUGCCUCACCCUCCCUUCCCCAGAUUUGACAGCAGCAAAUGAGCAAAGCUAGGGUGUUGGUAAAUACCAGAUGCUGUAGAUUUGUAUUAGUAUUGGUUUCAUUUUUGUGGUUACAGCUGCUUCAUUUUUAAAGAUGUGUUUUUCCCACCUCCCCUUCCACUUCCCAAAACGUAGCCUGAGUAGACCAGACCAGUAUCAACAAGAGAAAAGUUCAGAGGGAUUUUGUUUUCAUACAAUAGCUCAUUGUACUGUACAAAAGUAGCACAGAGACCCCUUCCCCUGCACGGGGAACGAUCAGUAUGUCAGAGGCACAUAAAAGCUUUCAGCCACCACGUUUGAAUGUCAAUCUGAUUGUCGCCAGCAAAUCCUUAUUGAUGAAAAUGAUGCAUAUUUUACUACAGUACAGAGUUUAAAUAAAUACACAGAUGUUAGAGUAAAA